GGAGAGGAGAGGAGAGGAGAGGAGAGGAGAGGAGAAGGAUUAGCUGGGGGUGGGCUACAGUAUUGGUGUUACGUUAGAACCCAUUAGAGUUUUCCUCCUUUCAUACUUCCCUGUGAUGGCCAGCCAGAGAUGGGGAGUGAAGCUGUGUCUAGAGAGAUGGGGAGUGAAGCUGUGUCUCUAGAGAUGGGGAGUGAAGCUGUGUCUCUAGAGAUGGGGAGUGAAGCUGUGUCUAGAGAGAUGGGGAGUGAAGCUGUGUCUAGAGAGAUGGGGAGUGGAGCUGUGUCUCUAGAGAUGGGGGGUGAAGCUGUGUCUCUAGAGAUGGGGAGUGAAGCUGUGUCUCUAGAGAUGGGGAGUGAAGCUGUGUCUAGAGAGAUGGGGGGUGAAGCUGUGUCUAGAGAGAUGGGUAGUGAAGCUGUGUCUAGAGAGAUGGGGAGUGAAGCUGUGUCUAGAGAGAUGGGGAGUGAAGCUGUGUCUAGAGAGAUGGGGAGUGAAGCUGUGUCUAGAGAGAUGGGGAGUGAAGCUGUGUCUCUAGAGAUGGGGGGUGAAGCUGUGUCUCUAGAGAGAUGGGGGGUGAAGCUGUGUCUCUAGAGAUGGGGAGUGAAGCUGUGUCUCUAGAGAUGGGGAGUGAAGCUGUGUCUAGAGAGAUGGGGAGUGAAGCUGUGUCUCUAGAGAUGGGGGGUGAAGCUGUGUCUCUAGAGAUGGGGGGUGAAGCUGUGUCUCUAGAGAUGGGGAGUGAAGCUGUGUCUCUAGAGAUGGGGAGUGAAGCUGUGUCUCUAGAGAUGGGGAGUGAAGCUGUGUCUAGAGAGAUGGGGAGUGAAGCUGUGUCUAGAGAGAUGGGGAGUGAAGCUGUGUCUAGAGAGAUGGGGAGUGAAGCUGUGUCUAGAGAGAUGGGGAGUGAAGCUGUGUCUAGAGAGAUGGGGAGUGAAGCUGUGUCUCUAGAGAUGGGGAGUGAAGCUGUGUCUCUAGAGAUGGGGAGUGAAGCUGUGUCUAGAGAGAUGGGGAGUGAAGCUGUGUCUAGAGAGAUGGGGAGUGAAGCUGUGUCUAGAGAGAUGGGGAGUGAAGCUGUGUCUAGAGAGAUGGGGAGUGAAGCUGUGUCUCUAGAGAUGGGGAGUGAAGCUGUGUCUAGAGAGAUGGGGAGUGAAGCUGUGUCUAGAGAGAUGGGGAGUGAAGCUGUGUCUAGAGAGAUGGGGAGUGAAGCUGUGUCUAGAGAGAUGGGGAGUGAAGCUGUGUCUCUAGAGAUGGGGAGUGAAGCUGUGUCUAGAGAGAUGGGGAGUGAAGCUGUGUCUCUAGAGAUGGGGAGUGAAGCUGUGUCUAGAGAGAUGGGGAGUGAAGCUGUGUCUCUAGAGAUGGGGAGUGAAGCUGUGUCUAGAGAGAUGGGGAGUGAAGCUGUGUCUAGAGAGAUGGGGAGUGAAGCUGUGUCUCUAGAGAUGGGGAGUGAAGCUGUGUCUAGAGAGAUGGGGAGUGAAGCUGUGUCUAGAGAGAUGGGGAGUGAAGCUGUGUCUAGAGAGAUGGGGGGUGAAGCUGUGUCUAGAGAGAUGGGGAGUGAAGCUGUGUCUAGAGAGAUGGGGAGUGAAGCUGUGUCUAGAGAGAUGGGGAGUGAAGCUGUGUCUAGAGAGAUGGGGAGUGAAGCUGUGUCUAGAGAGAUGGGGAGUGAAGCUGUGUCUAGAGAGAUGGGGAGUGAAGCUGUGUCUAGAGAGAUGGGGAGUGAAGCUGUGUCUAGAGAGAUGGGGAGUGAAGCUGUGUCUAGAGAGAUGGUUAGUGAAGUUGUGUCUCUAGAGAUGGGGGUGAAGCUGUGUCUAGAGAGCUGGGGAGUGAAGCUGUGUCUCUAA